UUAUCGAGUCCGGUCGUUGGAAGUGUGUUUUAACGUUUGGUACCAUCCGUCGACCCUGUAUUCAAGUUUUUCUCGGAAUUAAGUUGUUUGUAUUCCUUGCUCGUGCUCUGUGUAGUGUCAAUGACGACGUAUCAAACCGCUUUUCCCGUGAAUUUUUCUCUUUGUGAAGGUUUUAUCUUGCUCACUGUAAUUGCUCAGUAGAAUUCUCACUCUUGUUGACUGCAGAUUUUUCGGAACCGACCUUUCUUUCCGUCGCUUUUCCUUCUCAUUGACCGAAUCACCUGGUUUAUCGUAAAUUUGGGCUAUCAAUAUGGCGAUUCAAUCGGAAGCUACUCCAUGUAAAACUCGCUAAUCGCAUCCAUUCGGCGCGCACGAAUUUUCGCAGCUUUUAUCACGGCAGUGAAAAUUUCUUUCCAACUAUGUGAUUUGCGAUUUUUUCGUCAGUUUCCGUCGGGUUUCUCAUAUUUCCCUCCGAGCAUUGUGCGCCAAGCCUGAAUCUAGGCAGAUGGCUGGGCUGUAAUCCUGCAGGCAGUUACAUACAGCUUUAUGUACUGUCCGAUUGCCGUGUUUAUUGUGUUCGGUCCACUUUGCCGCCUGUAUGUCUUGACUUCCCUGUGACCAAUUACUCAGCCUGUCACCCCUUUUAGUUUCUUUAUGGCGCUGUGUUUGCCUCUGUGGAAUUUUAUCAUCUUCAAUUUAACUACCCUAAUGUAGAAAGCACCUGCGCUACAUCUGUGGGAAAAUGACAUCUUUGUUGAUCAUUUUUCAUUGAAAGCUACCGAGUUGUGGUAGCUCUUAUCUAGCUACAUUCGUUUAUUAUUAUGUAGUCAAGAACUUUGAAGUAUGUUAAUCGAUCCUUUGUAUUUCCUUUCGAUAUCCCAGUAUGCGUGAGCAAGAAUCAACAAGUUCAGCGGUGUGGCACAAGUGGUUUCUUGAUGCCAUAUCCAAAAUAAGAUCGCAGAAGCAGCGACCAUCAGCAGAUAGAAUUUGCCAUGCUAUUCGGCAGCACCACCAAUUCAGUGAAGAAAUCAUUAAAGAACAACUAGAAAAGAGUGUUGCCGAGAAAGCUAUUCUUAAGGUUCUCAACAAGGGUAUUUGUUCAUACAAAGACCCAGAUUGUAAUCAAACGCGGAAUGUGCAUGUCUCGAAAGAUUCUGAUUUAACAAGGAUCGUUUAUAAAGCAAUUAAAGAACUUAAUGAGCCAAAGGGAUCAACGUUAAAAAGCAUCGAAAAAUAUGUACAGCAUUCCAAUGCCCUGGAUCUGGAGUCGGAUCUUGACUUAACUUCUCUGAUUAAAACAACUCUCAAGCGUGCCAUCGAAAAGAACAUAGUUAUCCAAGAGGGCAAAGUUUUCAAAAUCAACUCUAAAAUCAAUUUUUAUCAGCUGAAGCUUCUUGAAAAAGGUUCGAGGAGUAGUGACUCGGAUGAUCCUGUAGGCCGGAGAUCGUAUCGCAGUAGUAGUGAAGAUCACGAUGAUGGUAGGCGAAAAUCCCGAGGCAAAAGAUCUCCGAGUAAAUUGUCAGAAAGUGAUUCACCAAAGAAAUCUGCAUUGCCGAUUUGUUUGGAAUGCCUUGGAACUGAGACUAAAAAUCGAACUGGUGUUGAAGAAAAACUUAGCUCUUGUUCUGCCUGUGGGACAUGUGUGCAUCUAUCAUGCGUUCCCUCUGGCAGAGGACCUGAACUAGCAGUUUUAAUCAAUUUGGGUAGUCAAUGGACUUGUGAAGAGUGUUGUACGUGUGAAGGCUGUAAGCAAUCAAAAGAGCAAAUGUGUUUGUUAAAUUGUUAUACCUGUGAAAGGAGUUACCAUCUCAGCUGUCUGCAGCCUCCAGCCGAAAGAAGACCGAAAACAGCGUGGCGCUGCAGUCACUGUCAUGAAACACUCAGCAGUGCCUCAUCAGUUACUCCUGUCAAGAAAAUGGCCACUCCUACUCCAGUCCGAAAGAUGGUUAAACUCAGAGAGAAGAAUAAAGAACUACGCACUCAAAGAUUAGCAGCGAAAGGUGCAACGCCUAAGCGUAAAGGAAAGAGAGCGAGUGUUGGUGUACCUGAGAGCAGCUCUGAGGAUGGUAAUGAAUCCCCCCCUCUUUCUCCUGUUCCCCCCCUCCUAUCCUCUGAUGGCUAUCGAGAGGAGAAAAUCUCUAAAGAAAAACAGAAAUUCUUUCGAUUAAGUGCUUUCUAUGCCCAACAUGGGAAAAGUAGGAGACGCAGUAGCGGAGUAUCAGGCAAAAGAGCUCGGGGCUCGAGCAGUAGUAGCUCAGAUAGCAGCUGUGAGCGCGGAACCAAAUUCUCUUCUAGUACCUGUUCUCUCUUUUCUAAGCCCUCGGCUUUCUCUACCUCUAGUCCAUCCGCUGAAUCCUCUUUUCAGCCAAAAUCCUCCAAAGUAGAGAUACCCGUUAAGUCAACCCCUAGCUCUCAGCCUUUGCCGAAUCUCUUUAAUGCGACAGACACUGACACCAUGUCAAUGUUUUCCCUAGAUUGCGUCAGUAAUGUUCCGAAAUUUGGUAGCAAGGUAGACUUUUCUUCAAGGAAUAGGACUAACCAUGAUCGGUCCAUGAGUUUUGGCGAAAAGAAAGGCUUGUUCAGUGGUGAUUCAUCUCCUUCAAAUAGUCUGGAGUUGCCGAAAAACAGAAUGUUCUCUGAGCUGUGUGAUUCUCCUCCUUUGUUUUCCCACUUGUACCAUUCUUCUCCUGCCCACUCCUCUCGACCUACUUCCGCCUCAGCCUCCACCCCUGCCCCUGCCCCUGCCCCAGCCAAAAGCCCCAGCCCUGCUCUUACCCCCACUCCAAAGUCCUCCUCUCAAUCUGUAUCAUCCUCUGGCAAGUCCUUGUCGAGCAAAGCCCCCACUCCUCGUCCGCUCUCUAAGCCUGGCAGCAGCAUGUCUUCGUUGAUAGCGAGCAUUUCCAAAAGUUAUCUGGCAAAAUCCUCGGGCUUUUCUGGUUUGUCAAGUAGAAAGCCUUUCACUUCAAGAUCUUCAGUCCCAUCCAGCGACAAACCUUGGGGUUUUGCGGCUGCUGCUGCUUCUAAAACCAGCACCCCUAGUCAUGUCCGAAAGGACAAAAAGGUUGUCGCGGAGAAACCUCUGAAAGCCUCGCGUCUUGGUGUUGAGGAAAGGUCCCUUAAAGUAUCCCAUCCCUCCCCUUUUCCAAAAGAUUUCGAGAAAAACAGUGAUAAUUUUCCAGGUUUUGGUCAAAUUAAAGGCCUCUUUGAUGCCCUUAGUCAUUUAUUCACAACUCCAGAUGUCAGUCGUUCUCGAACUGUCACAAACUACAGCCUUAGUAGGCGGAGAACCUCUCGUGAAAAAAAGACCUCCACCUCUCCAUCUGCCCGACGCUCGUCUCCCCACUCCCCUGGACUCUCGUCUCCCCACUCUCCCAGACUCUCGUCUCCCCUUUCCCCCCAAUUUUCAUAUCGGUCUCCUGCUUCUCCUGAUAUAGCAAUCCCUGAAAACAGCAUCGAGAAACCUGUCGCUAUUUCGAAUGGGAACCUCAAAAAAAUCAGCCCUUCGAGCCUCGUGAAAUCAGCUGUUCUAUUGAAAGCACAUGAACAUAUAACUAGAGAAGCUCUCUUCUCUGGUGAAUAUUUGUCCCAUGGGUUGAAAGGACACGCAGCCUACCCGUACCUCCCUACCUCUCCUUCCUCCAGUUCUUUAUCAUUCCUCCAGAAUGUACCACCUCGCAUCGUGAAAUCAUCUGACCAAACGGUUAUGCAAAGCAUUGCAAAACUCUUGGCCUCUGAUUUGCCUCCCGGUGUGACGCAUAGAGAUGUAGAACUGUUCAAAAAAACAAGAGAACGAGCAAUACAGACCAUGUCCUGUGAGCCUCCUGCAACUGAAUUCUCAGUAGGAUCAACAGCUGGAAUUCAUGAGGCUCCUAGAUGCCCUGCUGCAAUAGAAUUUGGGAAGUACGAUAUUCAGACGUGGUAUUCUUCACCAUUCCCUCAAGAAUACGCUAGGUUACCUAAAUUAUUUCUUUGUGAGUUCUGUCUUAAGUACACCAAAAGCAAGGCACUACUUCAAAGGCACCAAGAAAAAUGUUUGUGGAGGCAUCCGCCAGGCACUGAAAUUUAUAGAUUUAAAGAAUUAUCAGUAUUCGAGGUUGAUGGCAAUGUAAACAAAAUUUACUGUCAAAACCUCUGUCUUCUAGCUAAACUUUUUCUAGAUCAUAAAACACUGUACUAUGAUGUAGAGCCUUUUUUAUUUUAUGUUCUUACAAUGUACGACAUCAAGGGUUAUCAUUUAAUCGGUUAUUUUUCUAAAGAAAAACAUUGUCACCAAAAGUACAAUGUUUCAUGUAUUAUGACAAUGCCCCAGUACCAAAGAAAAGGCUAUGGCAGAUUCCUCAUUGACUUUAGUUACCUGCUAUCCAGAGAAGAAGGGCAACCAGGCACUCCGGAGAAACCUCUUUCAGAUCUCGGUCGAGUUUCCUACCAUGCCUAUUGGAAAUCCGUCAUUUUAGAGUAUUUAAAUACACAUAGAUCUGAGAAAUUAAAAAUAGAUCGAAUAAGUAAAGAUACAGGCAUUUUCAGUCGUGAUAUUGCUUUAACGCUGUCUCUUCUGGGCUUUGUCGCUGCUCCAGAAGACAAUGACGAUGUAGUGCUGGCCAUAGAUUGGGAUCUUGUCGAUACGCAUGCAGAAAGAGUAAAAAAUAGCAAAACCAGGAUACCAAUUGAGCCAGAAUGCCUCCGGUGGACGCCGCUAGUCAUGGUUAUCGCCAACCCCUACAAACCACCGCCUCCCAUUGAAGAUAAACCUGUGGACGAUAGCACCAAAAUGGAAACAGAAGUCUCGGAUGAUGUCAAAACUGAAACAGAUGCAUGUAAAACAGAACCUGUAGUUGAGCCGGUGAAAAAAGGAAGAGGUCGCAAACGAAAGAGGCCACUAGAAGAGAGUGUAGUAGAAUCUCCAGGUAACAAGGCGGCAGUGGAACCCGAAACGCCUAUUGAACCACCACCCAAGAAAAGAUCUCCAAAACAACUAAUGGGCAGGCGGUCAGUUGGCAGACCAAAGCUCAACAAGCCACCAGUCAAGAAGAGUCCAUUGAAAAAGACACCUGUGAAGCUAAGUCCACCAAAGCAAAAACCAGGACCCAAAACACUUAAACAAAGGUCCUUAAUUAGUAUGUUCAAACCAAAAUCACCUCGGAAAGGUGAUAAAGAAACUAGUAUGCCAACUCUUAAACCGGUUGAAAAUCUGUCAAGGCCCAGGCGAGAAACCUCACCGCCUCCUCUCUCACCACCAUUACCACCAAAAAUGAAAGGUGUAAAAGGUGUAAGAACUCCAACCAAAGUAAAAGAUAGACCUGAGGAAACCGAAAAGGCAGUGAAAGCAAGCAAAGUGGAAGAAGCACCAGUUCAACAGGCAACCUCUCCCCGAAAGUACACCAAAGCAGUGAAACCUAUCAAAGUUGCUAAGCCCGUGAAAGUGAAACCACCUAAAAAAAUAAUUAUCAAAAAGCUAGGGAAGAAGAAGCCAACAAAGAAGAAGAGGCAUUGGAAAGUGGAGAAGAAGCGAGAAAGGCUGCGAGCUGAAGCCAAGGCCAAAGCAGAAGCCAAGGCAAAAGCACUGGCAGAAGCAAAAUCUGACACUGAACCCACCACCGAAGAUGAUGCCAAAAUCAAAACAGACUCUGAAACCAAUGCUGAAACUGAGCCUGAAGAAGAUCAAGUGCGGAAUGACAAGACAUCAAAAUCUCCAGGAUCUCCAAGAUCACCGAAGCCAAUGGAGUCGGAAUCCUCAUCAAGUUCUUCUAGUGAGUCAGCUGAUGAGGAGGAAAAAGAAGAGAAGGCAAGUGAGACACUAGAUGAAAUGAAUAUUUCUGAAAAAAUUACUGAACAGAAUGAAAAACCAGAGACUCCCAACCCUGAAAAGUCUUCUGAGGACCAAACAGAGAAGAAAAUUGAAAAGAGGCCUGUGGACAGUGAAAAGGAGGAGAAAAUAGUGCCAUCCAGAGACCUUUCGGAAGAUGAUCAUACAGAUGAAGAAAGUGAAAUUGUUGAGAAAUGUGCCGAAAGCAGAAAAGAUAGUAAAAAGCCCAGUGAAGCAAUUGUCACAAGGAAUGUAGAAGAUGAAAAACCAAAGAGUGAAGCGUCAACAAGCGAAGCAUCUAACAGUGAAGCCUCUAACAGUGAGGCUUCCAACAGUGAAUCGUCCAAUAGUGAAUCCUCAGCUUCUGAAAAUGAUCUAGGUGGCAAAAGCAACACAAAGCAACCUGAAGUCAUGGAAAAACCGUCUCUCCCGAAGACUCCAGAAGUCCAUCUUGAUCCAACAAAUGAAGAUUCGAAUCAUGAUGUAGAAAUGAAAGACAGCAAUAAUGAUAUCCAAAGUAAGUCUGAACUUCCAGGGAGUAUAUUUUCAUCAAAAGCUGUGGAAAGCGAAGUUAGAGAUAGUAAGGAAAAUAGUCAUUCAGAUGAUAAUGGAAAAUUAGAAAAUUCAGAGAAAAUUGAAAAGAUAGAGGAAGGCGAAAAACUACGUUCAGAAAGCAUAAUGAAAAGUGCGGAAGGUGACAAAACUGAGUGUGGGGAUAAGUGGGAGCGAACAGAAGAUUUUGUGGUAGAGAAAGUGGACAAGAAGAAAGAAAAGAGUCUCGAAAUGAAAGUAUUGGAAAAAGAAAGAGAGGAGACUCCAAAGAUUCUGCCUGCAGAUGAACCAAGAUCUUUUAGCGAAGUCACGAAGGAAAUCCCAAAACAGAGGGACUUCUAUGAUCGCCGUGGACCCUCUGUGCUUUCAUAUCAUGAGAAAACAAGUACUGACGAACAUUUUGUAGCCCGAUCAGGAUUAGAGUCCAAAGAAUCAUUCAAACUGGCUGAUAAAAAUGCAGCAUUGAAACCCGAGACUGCCCUGGAACCUAUUAAUCCCAAAGACAAACUGCUAAGGGAUGUGUACGACCGUAAAGGAACCAGUGCUCUCACUUCUCGUGACAAAGAAACGAUAAACAUGGAUCUAGGCUCCUCUGUUGUUCCAUCCAACCCAUACAUUGAUGUAAAAGAUACCAAGCAGAUAGAGAAAUUCCAGAAGAGUGAAACAGAAGUGGUGAAAGAAAAGCAUCGCAUGAAAGAUUACUAUGACAGAAGAAAUGCAGCCAUACUGUCUUACCAGGAAAAAACUGUCGGUGAGUACUGCCCCAGUUUGGUCCCUGGUGGUCCUCUGUUGUCAUUGCCGAAUGAGAGUGAAAUGAAGAUGCUUCACAAAAGUGUAACACCGAAAAAUGGCACAGACUUGCUUCCCACAUCCAGUAAAGGGAUGGAACUGAAUCUCCCUGUUAAGGAAACGCCUAGCCAAAAAAUACCUGAGAGCUGUGAUAAACCUAUGGCCAACUACAAUAGUAUGGUACCUCAAGUAGAGUCAGACAAAAGCGGAAAAAUGAAGAGCAAACACUCGGACUCGAAAGAAAGGGAUAGAUGCAAUAGAGACUCUGUAAUGAAAGAACAAAAGCGCUACAACGAUAUGGCGAAAGAAAAACACAGACAAAGAGAGUACUAUGAUCGUCGGUGGCCCGGUGAGUCUCCACCUGUAGUCGUCUUGGACGAUGAACGCAGCAAAAGCAGUACUCCUCAUAGUGCCGAGCCGGUUAAGCAUACUCCACCUCAUUCGGAUAUGCAGAGCAUGGGUGUUUACACCCCUGAUUCAACAACUAAUUCUGUGCACUCUUUGCACUAUGGUCAGUGCGACUUAGACGUGAAUCAACUCGGAAUUGGUUCUCCGUCAUCAAUAUCCUCCAGUGAUAUGGCACCCCUCUCAGUUGGUGAGCCACCUAGACCCCCAUCCUACUCGGACUGUGUUCAUCAUCACUCGCCUGCUAGUCUACUUCCUCAAUAUCCACCCCACCAUGCUGCUGCCCCACCUCCAAAGCCUCAGAGCACUUCUAGAAAGUCUCAAAACACAACCAGCCACCAUAGAAAUCGCUCAACGCCCCCUAGUCAGCACCAGAUAUCUCGACAGUCCUACCCACAAGGCAAUUACAUGAACAUUCCGCAAGGAAACUACAUGAAUAUCCCUCAAGGUGGCUCAUAUGUGAGUGUUCCCAUGUCAUCAGUCAUUCAACAUAGAAUUCCAAGCCAGCAGGCAUCGUCUCAUCAGUCUUGUUCAAGUGUCGGAAGUCCAACGAAUUUCUACCUUCAAAGUGCCAUGCACACUCCAACAAGCAGUGCGCAAGGUAACUCGCCAUCGUGCAGCUUAAGCAAACUGCAACAACUCACCAAUGGGUUUGAUAUGAUUCCGCCAGGACACUGCUCAACUAUGACCCCUCCUCCAAUGAACCUCACUCCUCCCCCCUCCUCCCACUCAACCAUGACCCCUCCGCCUCAUCAAGGGCCUAAUUACCAGCGAAUGUACCCAGGUAACUCGGGUGGAAGGAGUAGUCAUCAAGUGCCUCCAAGGAGUCCUAAUGUGACAAUAAAUCCUAACUUGAUGGCUCAGUAUCCCUCUUUCAACGGUUACCGUCAACAAGCGGGUUACGCUGGCUUCAUCAACCAAUCCCCACAGCUCCCUGUUCAAAUGAGCGUAAUGAAUCAGUACACGCAAGAGCAACAGAACACCAUGUACACUGCAUAUGGCCUUUACAAUAGCAGUAGUUUGAUGCAACCUUUGAAUUCAACCAUACGUCGGUGAAAAAAGGCCAAAUACAGGGAUAAAUCAUAACGAACCAGUAACUGAGCUUUAGUAAUACGGCCGCUGCAGUAAUCCUAUUAAUUGCCUCCAAUGCUCAAUAUAUUUCCUUUCACCUCAUGAUAUUGAUCAAGUUAUUUUCUACAGCCUCAUGGUCGAAAAAAUUCUAUGCUGCAUGGUGAGCUGAUGAUUCCGAACAACAGGAAAAUGUCCAGGAACUUUUAUCUUGAAGCCAAGGAUUUUUGUAUAAAAGUAAGGUGUUUUUGUUUCCUUUUCUACUCAGUUAGAAUUCCAAGCUUUUUAAUCAACAUAAGAGCCUACCUUUUGGAGGUAUCACCAUUGAGAGCUGAAAGAAUGUCAACACCAAACCGCCUUCCCUUACUUAUAUUGGGAAUUUUUCUGUAGUAAACGCUUUCUAUAGUUCGUCGGAAAAAGGACAGCUACUUAACUUGUCAAAGUUUGAUGCAUUAUAAGCACACGAUCUACCUUUGCAAUUUCGUAUUUAUGCUUUGUAGGUUUUGCGAUUAUCUUUAGUUGCUCAACUUGUUUUGUUCCUUCAAAAUUUUCUGUAUUCACCAAAACGUCAUUUUGAAGAUUAUUUCUAUAAUUUAUUUGCCCUCUGUUUACACUGAUUUUGGAAAUAUUCGCUACAUGUAGCCAACAGAUGACACUCACUUAAUCUCAACACUCACUUAAACUAAUUAAUUUUUAUUGAGUUCCCCUUAAAUCUCAAAGGGUUUUUCUGAGAAUCAAUUUGAAAAGUAAAUGAAGCAUAAUCCAAACUGAAUCAAGAAACUAGUUUAUUUCCAGUUUUAAAGUUAAAUAUGUCUCAAAUCAUUGAUGAAAGCACUUCCACUCUACUCCCAAAUUAUUAAGAUCAUCGUAUGAAGGAGCCUACAAAUGUGGCUAUGAAUCUUUCCUAAUAUUUUGCCUUGAAAUCUAAGAAUUAGAGGACGAAUAUGAGAAAAUUAAUCUUCCCAAUCAAAGUUUCACGUUAGUAGAAGUAUAUGUUGGUCAAACAGAGGCUUUCAAUUUUAUUCCAGUGCCAGCGGUCAGUAUUUUUCCUUAGGAGUUAAGAUGAAAAUAGGAAAAAACUUUGGUCCAUAGCUGUUUCGUUGUCUUUACCAUUCCUGUUAAUGUGACACUUAAUCUUCUGUGUAGUAUUACAACUAUAUCUAUUUUUGUACUGUUAGCUCUGUUUAUCCUGAACAACUACAAGGGAGCAAAAACUAAUUUAAGUGGUGGAAUUCUACACCUCUGUAACUAUUGUAUUUUUUACAAGAAGACUCCCUUCGCUGUACAUCAAAGAAUUUCUGGAUAUUUGGGUUCUUUGGAAGUAUUAAAACUAGUGAAACCUGUUUUCCUAAUUAAAAUCCUUCAAAUAGCCCCAGUAAAUUUGUGCUCUAUCUUAAGAAUUGUGCAUUUGCCUCUCUUAUCAUCCGCCAUCAUAGCCAAGUUUAUUGCUGUAAUGCCUCUGUAUUGCACAUGCAAGAUUCCUAGGAGUCAAUUUAAAUUCUGCUCUUAGCUGCGCUUAUUUACAUGCACUUCGCCAUUUCUCAAUCAGCUUAAAUUCUGUGUCUGCUGACAGCCUUAUCGAAGAAAUUAUCAAGGAAUAUUUACACACAGUACACUCUUUUUAUGUAACGACCCCUGUCAUAAUGAAAAUUUCUCUCCAAGCAAGGAAUCAUCCAUUCCCUUGAGCUUCCCAUGCCUCUCAUUGCUGCUCAUCAUAACGAAAAUUUCACUACAACAAAAAAUCGUUCGGCGCUUUGCCGAUUCGUCAUGGAGAGAGAGAGAAAGAGCAUUGCAAUUGUAAAACGUCGUCAGAAUACAUUCCACCGAUUUAUCUGAAGCACUAAGCAAAUUUGUAAAAUGUAUUUUUAUGAUGUUAUGAUCACAUUGUAUUUCUGAUAGUGCAGUAAGUGGCAUUAAUGGUCAAAGCCGAACAAGAAGCAAAGAUAUUGUGAAAAACUGAACCCCUGUGUGCAAUUCGACCCCAUGCCUUUGUUUCAUAGAACAUUAAGUUUUGUAGUCCACUUGAUCAUGUCUGAAGCUUAGGAACGUUUAGCACAAUUGUUGUAAUUUACCGGAACAGUCAGUGUUCUGAAAAUUUUCUGGAAGUAUAAAUAGAUUCCACUAGGCUUAACAUUUCCAUAUGUUGCUGAUAAUCACCUGAACACCAAGCGAAUUAGGAGCAGUCAGUAGAGGGAGUCUUCUUCUUAGUGUAAAUAAAUUUUGUUAAGAUUUAAUACUAUAUUUUCGUAAUAAAAAUUCCAGCAACUAAAAAUACAUAAAAACAUAAAAAAUUAUCUUGUAAAGUUGUACAUUUUUCCCUGUACAAAGUUCCAGAUUUCUUCGAAGACAUUUUGAAGUCUUGUUGCUCCCAAUGCUUAACUGAAAUUUACAUAAUUUUGUUCCUAGAAUAAAUAAUUGGGUUAUGACGUGUGCUGAACUCGUUGUAACGACUUGUACAGCUGUUUUUUUUUUGUUUUUUGAUAGUUCAACUAUCCUAAGGUUUCAACCUCAAGAAUCCUUUAAUUUCUCGGUACGUAUCAUACCUUAGUCUAGCUAUUUAUUGCCUGUUUAUUUAUUUUCUAACAAAUUGUAAUUAAUGUACGUAUUCUCCUUAUUUUGUGUAUAUAGGUGGAUUAAUUUAAGUCAUUAAAUUUUGUUGACUUAUGAACAAAUUGUUAUGUGUUUUUUUAAGCAGGAAAUGUAAUUGUUAAACUUCCUUUCGUCUUUUCUCCUGUGUCAGUUCUUUAAGAUAGAAGGUCUUUAUUUUUUACAUGGAAGUCCUUAUUUUAAGGCUGUUUCUUUGAAAAGUCCUUAUUAUUUUAUCUUAUUUGGUAGCUGCAAAUUUCCUGUUGUACAAAUUUUUACAGAAGUGUUGGCUAUUCAAAAUGUUUGUUUUAUGAAAUUAUACAACCUAUUGUAUUUUGACAAAAUCUGUUGAAAAUCUUGAGAUAAAAAAUUGCUUUGAUUAAGCUCAAAGUAUUAGUAGGGAAAUUAUGCUGUAAUUUUUAGACGCAACAGAAGCUCUGUGUAAGAACGCUGCUUUCGCAUUGAAGCAAGUCCUGAAAAAUUCUCCAAGUCAAAAAGUGGAUCCCCUUAUUUGGAUUGAAAAAGCAAAAUGUACCUUGCGCAUAACUUUUAGAUUUAAAACAUCCAAUUGUGCAUUUUGCUUUCUACCAGGAAAAAAUAUUACAUACAGAAUUUUAGUUCUGUUUUCGUGCAUCAAAGGCCUCGCGUACCUUGAAUUCUUGAACUUCUCAUUGUAUCUCUAAAUAAAAAAAUAAAAGUAAUAAUUUUUUUUGCCCUGGAAUUGAAGAGCGCCUUUAAAUUUUCAUGUUCUCUAUCAGACAGUAUUUUAUUUUUCUUUCAGUAAUUCAUCUUCUUGCAUGAACUCUAUUUUGACUUACUUCUAGAUUCAUUCUUUCACUAUGUUGGCAAACAUGUGCAUAAGUUGCGUCUUCUAGAAGGUGUCCAGUGAUCUGAGAUUCAAGUUCAUAAUUACACUGCUUGUUGUGUAAGUUCAUUUGUAAUUGAGUCAGCACUGUCGAACAUGUGGAGCCUUUUCGUCAAACGUUUUUUUAUCCCUUUAUUUAGGAGCUUGAAUGAUUCUGUGACUUCUCACCAUUCACUUCGUUGACAGAUCACUAUUUAAGUUACAAGCACGGAGAAUAUUUGGAGGCCUUUUGUUUGCAAGGAAACGCCUGAAAUGCAAAUUUUUCAUGUUCUCAAGCAUUAGUGGUUUUUUAAUAUAAUUCUGUUGUUUAUUUUCAUAUCGUUGCCUUGUAAAAAAGUUAAUUUAUUGAAAUAAUUGUUUUUUUUUCUUAAUUUUUUUCAUUCAUUCGUUAGGUUUAAUUGUGAUCCUCCCCUGGAUGUGUCAUUUCUUAUUUUGUUAGGAAUUUUACGAGGAUUGUUAGUUCAUCACUGUAUGUUAAAAUUUCCGGUGUUUUCAAGCAUGAAUGGACGAUUGUUUCUGUUUGUAUUGAAUGAAAGUAGUGAGUCCUUUGUUUGAUCAGGUCAGCUAGUAUUUAAUUAAUUAAAUUUAAUUCUGAAAUCACUCAUUGUUAUUAGAAUUGUGGAGUUACAGCAACAGCUGUUCAAUCUCUGUCCUUUACAGUAUUCUCUUCUCACUUGUGUAUAUAUAUCUUUACAAUUACUGUCGUGUCACAAUUAUUCCUUUGUAAAUUAUUAGGAUUGCUUUUGAGAAUGAACACGGAUUUGAAGUAUUCUACUCUUGUAUAAAUACACAAAUAAUUUUAUUUAUUCACUGAUAAA